AUGGACAAUCCAUCAGCAGUUCGCCGGCCGCCAAAGCGAACAACUGAGGCAUGCGAACCUUGUCGGCGCAAGAAAUCUCGGUGUCCUGGAGAGAAGCCACGUUGCUCGCAUUGUGCUCGUCUAGGACAUAACUGCUCUUAUUCAUCUGGAAGCCGGGGUCGUGAGCGGGGAUCGCAGGACUCUAUUGCUGCCCCCUCCCGAGAUCAGGAGGGUGUUAGGUUCUCUCAGAGUGCACUUUUCACAGACAAUGCCACGACUGCUAGAUUGAAUGCUCUGGAGGCAGGACUUGCACAGAUACAGAACCUCCUCCGUCACCAAUCGCAAGACCAACAUGCUACCCAUGACCUCUCACUUUCCGAAUCUCCAGCCAACGGUGGAUUAAGCGACUCGAUUGGUCAGAGCGACUCGGUUCGACAGGAAAGAGGAGACAGAGACACUCCUCCCCUUCCGCCCAAGCCUGUCGUUGAGGCGGCGGUGGAUGUGUACAUGAAAUUCUGCAAUUUUCAACCUUUACCACUUUUCUCCCCCCAAAACUGGAGGGAUUCUUUUGCCUCUUGGGAUGUCGAGCUUCUUCUUUCCAUUGUUGCAAGUGCCCUGCGCUUCAAGGACAGAUGGGAUCUUGGCAUAAAUAUUCUUGACGUUGAUAAACGGCAAUAUGCCGCAGCGGCACAGAAACUGGUGAUGCACAAAGUCUCAUAUGGGCCUGUGGACGUUUCUACCAUUCAAUGUCUGUGUAUAUUGAGCCUGAAUGAAUUUCAUGACGGCUACACUGCCAGAGCUGGCGUCUUCAGCUCACUGGCAAUGGAGCUUGCUCAAUCUGGAGGGUUAGCCUCUGAGCAUUAUCGAUCCUGGCCAGAAGAUGUUUAUGAGGAGCGACGGCGAUGCUUCUGGAGCCUGAAUCUUUUGAAAAACCUCCAUGGCAACUGGUCAGGCUCUUUCUCUUUCCUGACAGGUGACUACACCCCCAAGUUUCCCAAAAGUCCAGAUCUUCCCAUUGGACCAACCACAGGUUCUUCGCAGGUGACGCCGGAUGUGAAUGUUAGUGGCACUGGAAUUAUCUCCUACACUGUCCAGAUGAGUGCGCUGUGGUCCAGGACGGCCCGGUACGCAAGGAGACGUAGUCAGCGACGUGAGAUUGUGUGCUGGGAACAGAAUUCUGAAUUUUCUUCCAUCACUGCGCAACUUAUGGAGCUCGAUGCGAAAUGUCCACCCGAAUAUCGUUACCGCAUGGCGAGGUUUAGGGACCAAGAUCCUGCUCGGCUCCAACAAGCUCGCCACUUCUGGUCCCCGUGGCUUCUCACGAAGUUUCUCUACCACACCAUUCUCUGUCUCUUAAACCACCCUUUGAUCUUGUCGUUGCGACUUCGCAAUUUCGGAGCCGAUGGGGUCCCGGAAGUCUUCCUCCGGCAAACCGAUGACCUUAUUAAAAACCACACGGCGUGGGUUGUUCGUCUGAUCGACGAAGUGAAUGCAACGUCGUUUCGGCUAUCCGACCCAUACAUUGCUUACUGUGUGUCAGUAGUGGCUACUAUCUUCCUGCAACAAAGCUACGCGGAAGAUGCUGAAACGAGGUCAAGCAAGCAGAAAAACUUCGACAAAUGCCUCAACUUCAUCCAGAAUCUCGGUGCUUACUGGCCAAGAGUGUCUGAAAUGGCAAGUAAAGUUGAACAGUUUGCAAACGUUGUGGCCACCUCGUACCAUAAUUCCUCCAGCGCCUCGAUUGGUUCUGGAAGAAGAGUAGCUAUCGACCUAACACACUUCUGGGCCAUAAUCGAAUCCUGUUUUAUCAGUGAACUACCUACAGGAUCGGAUCCAUACUUUGGCCCUUCACUAACCUUGCAUCGGCCGACAUUCAACUUUUCUGAAGUGCUUGAUGACACCCUCCUUCCUACACCCACGGAUUUCAAUGCGUCUGCCCAGACUGUGUCGGGUGAUACGCCUGUGUCCUUAGCUAUGGCCAAUAAUUUGGUCCCGAAUAUUGACCAAGCGUCAAUGCGAUUAGCAAACCCAGUCUCACAGCAGCAGCCGCAACCACUAAUGGACGAUUGCUUCUCGGUCUUAGCUCACAGCUACUUUGCGCAAGGUCAAGACUUUGCGAAUAUGGACGACUGGUGGUACUCUACUGCGGUACUCCAAGAUCCUUGUUGA